GAUCAAGGCACUAAGAUUUCAAGGUGAAGGUGAAAGAAGAUGAGACGGACUGGUCUCCGUCACAAACUGUCUCAAAUAGCCUUGCACCCGCCAGCAUGCCGAAUAUCAAGCUCAUCAAGAUGCGAUACAACUCCGCCACCAUCACUGCCUCUAUCUCCUCCGAGAUGACCGAUGCAGAGAUAUAUAGAGAGCUCCACACAGCUUUUAUCAGUACUGUUGGCUCCUACCACAUCGUCAUCACAGGCCCUUACCGCAACAUCCUCGCAACGCUCGCCUACUCAGAGCUGAAAGAAGGCACGGUUUACAUCAUUACUACAUCUGCCGAACGCAUCCAAGGCGCCGGGACAGCCUCACGUGCCUCCAAGACGACUCUUGCAAACCUUGCCAUUGUCAUGCAAGACUGGCGCCUGGCGCACGCUGGGCAGAUCUUCCCUGUCGACAUCGCGCCGCGCACAGUGAACGCGGAGGGCAAGCAGCCUUUGCUUGGCGACCUGCAGCACACGGGUUUGCUGGAGCCUGAGCUCUGGUCUGCGAGGUUUACAUCGGAGCUGAGAAGGUUGAGUCGGAGGAGCCAGGGCAUGCAUGUGGAGAUCAUGCAUCUGGUGAGGUGGGAGAUCGAGGGGAGGCACGAGAGGGAGGAGAGUCCUGUCAAGUACGUGACUACGAUCGACUUGAAGAAUGUCGUGGGGCACUCGGAGACGGAGCAGAUGGGGAUAGCGCAGCAGGCUAAUGAUCUGGUUGCUGCGGAGGACAUGGCGACCGAGGUCUUCGGCGGUGGGCUUCUGGCAGCUCUACCGGAGGUUGAUGGCCAGUCGGCUGAGCUAGAAGUUGCAAUGUUCACUUUGCCGAUACGUUAG